GUGAAAUCUUAUUAAUUAUCUGUAUUACUUUAUGGCAAGAGCAGGCAGGUUUCAAGUAAAACGUAAUGCUGGUGUGUCUAAUUUAGUUCAUAAUACCUCUAAUAUAAUCCUGCAUACUUAAAUUUUUGGAUGAUUGGAUGAAACAUUGGAUGAUUUUUGCAAAAUCAUCCAAUGUUUCUCUAAUGUGAUGCUUGUUUUCUCCUGAUCUACUGUUGUCACAUGUUUACCUGUAAACUCCCUCUUUGGCCACACCUAUAAAGAAAAGCUGAUUGUUAGUGGGAAGCUGUCACUCAGACAUGAAGCGCUCUACUGUCAUAAUCUUCUUUCUGAACACUGUUAACGUCAUCUCUCUUGUUCCCCAUGAAGUAACAUAUUUUCUGGGCUGCUUUGAGAAUGGCAAUACUGCGGUCCAAUUUGAAUUUGAUGGUGAGGAAAUGCUAUAUGUUGACUUCCAGACAGACGAGAUAGUUUACACCGUGCCCACCUUCAUUGAUCCUGACCCUGACCAGGUUUUAGUUGGGAUGAGUAUCCUGCGUGAUGCUCAUGAUAACAAGGAAGUGUGUUCAGAAAUACUAGAUGUGUUGAAAUACAAAGAAAAAUCUCCACAAAAAGAAGAUGCUCCGGACACCAUGAUCUUCUCCUCUAGAGAGGUGGAGCUGGAAGUUGAAAACAGCCUCAUCUGCUUUGUGAAUAAUUUCUAUCCACCUUCCAUCAACGUCAGCUGGACAAAAAAUGGCCUCCCAAUAUCAGAGGGGGUGUCACUCAGUCGAUAUCAUCCCAAUAACGAUCAAACCUUCCGCCAGUUCUCAACUUUGACCUUCAUACCAAGUGAGGGGGACAUUUACUCCUGCACUGUGGAGCAUCCAGCACUGGAGACGCCUACAACAAGAAUCUGGGAAGCAGAAAUCAUCAAAAAGGAUGAAAGUCUUUGGCCUGAUAUUUACUGUGGAUUCGGUCUUGGUGUGGGCUUGUUGGGAGUCACAGUCGGAGUGUUUUUCAUUGUCAAGAGUCAACAUGUAGCAUAGUUUUUAAAUAUAGUAAAUUGUUACAAUCUUCAGGUAUUUGGGUUCUGGCAGGGGUCUCAAACUCCAGUCCUCCAGUCGCUGUCCUGCAGUUUUUAGAUGUACCAAAGGUACAAAACCCUGGAAUGAAAUGGCUUCAUUACCUCCUCCUCAUGUAGAUCAGUUCUCCAGAGCCUUAAUGACCUAAUUAUUAUAUUCAGGUGGCGCAGCAGAGCCACUGUAGUUUGAGACCCCUGGGUUAUGGUUUUUAUUUGUGUGUUUUUUAUUUUUAUUUUUAUCAUUUCCUUGUUUAUUUUGUUUGUUAGGUAUUGCCAUAUUCUGUUCAUUUCUGUAUUCAUUAUUGUCAGAACGGUGUCAUAAAGUUCAUUAUUUUGUGUUUAAUUUCUUAGUUUAUUCUUGUGCUUUCUUCAUUGUACAUUUAGUGGUUGUCUUCGAUCAAUCUUGUUCUUUUAUCCUUAGUCUGUAUUUUUUUUUUUUUUUUUUUUUUUGAGGUUCCCACUUGUAGUUGGAACUUGGAAAACCCGACUUCCCACUCUAAAAAAGCAACUGGAACGCCCCCUGAAAUUGAGCUUCAUACUAAAAAUUUGGGAGAAACUCCAUUUACCCUAAGCUAACUUUCCGUUACUUGGAGUAACUUUCUGUUUCAGUCUGGCAGCACUUCACAUCAACAAUAGUAAGUUGUGGUGUAAACAUGUUUAUUUUACAAGACACACUUGUAGUGCAUCUAAAAUCAGAUGCGACACGUAGCACCUGCAAUUCUAAGCUGAAUAAAUUAGAAGUGGUGUUUUGUCAAGAAAAUAAAGCUUAAAUCAAUGUUUUUAAGAGAUUCUGUAAACAAUGGCUACUCUGGCAUCACCAUGUUGGGGUACCCACUUCUCCAGCUGUGCUGUGUGACAUUAGUUCAGCUCCCUUUGUGUUAAUUAGUCUUUAUCACUUUUCUUGUUUGCAUUUUACCAUACCUAUUCAUCAUCGCCUCUGAUUAGUUCAUUCGUUUCCCUUGUCAAUUUCCACACCUGCCUCAACAAAUGAGCUCCUGAUUGUUUAUUCUUGGAUUUUUCUGCUCUACUCUCUGUAAGUUUUCUUUUUAUUAUUCAUAACAAAUAAUUUUUGCCAAAGAUGGUCUCUGUAUUUGGGUCCUGUGUACAACAUCCCAUAUUUCUUUUGCAUACUGCUCAAAAACAAAAUGUUUUACACCUCAUUAGAUGUCAUUUUUAAAUUUAUGAGGCCCAAAUUAUAGUUUACCUCAGUAUUUUAUGGGGUGUGGGCACUUAAUGUUUUUAAAUAGCUACAUAAGAAACUGAGACUGUUGUGGAGAGCUGGACCACUGCAUUAACACACAUCUUUCAGUAAAUGUUUGGAAAAUAAAUACAAAUAAAUAUUUAAAAAAAUUAUAAA